AUGAUCAGCUUAAAGUUUGCAAAAGUUGGAAACUGUAAUUCAAGGUCCAACGAUACAGCUUCUUUGAACACAUCUCUAACUAUUGGUCCGAGAAUUGGAUUGGAUUUUGGACAUCUUCUCAAAUCUGCAUUAGCAGGAGGAAUCUCAUGUGCUUUCUCUGCUUUUCUAAUGCAUCCAGUGGACACUGUCAAGACACAAGUUCAAGCAUCAACAACAUUGUCUUUUCUGGAAAUACUAUCAAAGAUUCCGGAGAGUGGUGCUCGAGGUUUAUACAAAGGUUCUAUUCCUGCGGUUGUUGGUCAAUUUGCAAGCCAUGGUUUAAGAACAAGUAUAUAUGAAGCAAGUAAACUUGCGUUACCGCGCUUUGCUCCCGCUCUCCUCGACAUCCAAGUUCAGUCGACAGCGUCUUUUCUUGGCGCAGUUUUGGGGACAACACUGCGUAUACCUUGUGAGGUUUUGAAACAAAGGUUACAAGCUAACCUGUUUGAUAACAUAGUGAAAGCUACGGUUGUGACUUGGUAUCAAGAUGGGCUCAAAGGACUCUUUCGUGGUACCGGUGUUACCCUUUUGCGCGAGGUUCCGUUCUAUGUUGCUGGCAUGGGACUUUACAGUGAAUCAAAGAAGCUGGUGGAGAGACAAUUAGGGAGGGAGCUUGAGCCAUGGGAGGCUAUCGCGGUUGGAGCAUUGUCUGGUGGUUUCACGGCUGUGCUAACGACACCAUUCGAUGUGAUCAAGACAAGAAUGAUGACGGCUCCACAGGGUGUGGAUUUAUCGAUGUGGAUGGCUGCUUAUUCGAUUCUCACACAUGAGGGUCCUCUUGCUUUCUACAAAGGAGUUGUUCCAAGGUUCUUUUGGACUGCUCCUCUUGGAGCUUUGAACUUAGCUGGUUAUGAAAUUCUUCAAAAGGUUUUGAUCACACCUCUAGAUCAAUCAGUGCAUAGUGAUUGA